CCCGUCCGCCGUGGUGGGAAAGGCGUCAAAAGCUUCGAGAAAUUCGACUCCAUUCAGGGCCCGUUGGCACAAACCAGCUUCCUUAUCCGACACAUUCCAGAGCUCUGAUUCGUCACUAAACCCUUACGGAGACCUUACAGCUAUCGCUGUCCCGCUGUACCACACCUUACGAAGUACCCAACACAUGAGGUGCGCGCCUAAACUCGGCUUACAGUGCUGCUGGCUGCUGAGUGCCCCUCCUUCGUCUGAAUUCCUGACCCCUCCACAAAGGCAGAAUCGUCGGGUGUGACGGCCGGCCAGACUCCCUUCAUGUUGACCAAAACAUCUACUCGUCCAGCACGCAGCAUUCUUGCUCUCUGCCCCAAGUUUGUACCACCAACACUACCAUCACCACCAAUACCUGCAGCAAGGAGCCUCAUCGGUCAACUCCAAAUCCAACUGCUAUCCACUGCCCCGGCAACCAGACCCCUUGGCAGACCACGGAGAGCUCUCCCGUCGCAUCGCAAAGCAAACCCCCUCCAGACGUCGUCACCAACGCGGCUCUUCUCCGCCACACCUCCCACCAUGGCUCAAGACUACGAAACGGUGCUCAAGGGCAAGUACCCCGCCAAGGAGCAUGCCCUCCGUGUCGCCGACUACGUCAAGUCCAAGGUCCCCAAUGCCUCUGGCGUUCUCUAUGUCGAGGGUCGCAUGACCAAGAUGCUCGAAGACAAUGACGAGCCCGAGCCCUUCAGACAGCGCCGCUACUUCUACUACCUGACCGGCUGCCCUCUCGCCGACUGCCACUACGUUUUCGAUCUUGCGACAAACAAGUCGACUCUUUUCAUCCCCCCUAUCGAUCCUGAUAGCGUCAUCUGGUCAGGUCUCCCAGUCAGCGCCUCCGAGGCCAAGGAGUUGUACGAUAUCGACGAUGUCAAGUACACCACAGACGUCAAUGCCGAGCUUGCGCGACUGGGCAAGGGCUCCAAGAACACCGUCUUUGCCAUCCAGGACCAGGUUCUCGACAACAUCACUUUCCUCGAGUUCGAUGACAAGAACUUCAGUGUUCUGAAGGAUGCCAUUGAGCGGUGCCGCGUGGUCAAGGACGACUACGAGGUUGCCCUCACCAGAAAGGCCAACGAUGUCUCCACAAUCGGUCACCAUGCCGUUGUCAAGGCCGUCAAGAACGCCAAGAAUGAGAGGGAACUGGAGGCUCUCUUCCUGCAGCACAGCGUCGCGAAUGGUGCCAAGAACCAGGCUUACCACGGUAUUUUUGCUGGAGGUCGCGCAGCUGCCACUCUGCAUUACGUUGCCAACGAUGCGCCCCUGGAAGGAAAGCUGAACCUUCUUCUGGAUGCUGGUACAGAAUGGAACUGCUACGCAUCUGAUAUCACCCGCACGUUUCCCAUUUCCGGCAAGUUCAGCAAGGAGUCCCGUCAAAUCUACGACGCCGUUCUCAAGAUGCAGCUGGAGACAACUGCUGCCUUGAAAGAGGGCGUCAUCUGGGAUGAUAUUCAUCUGCUGGCGCACAAGAUUGCCAUCGAUGGCCUCCACGCUGUUGGCAUUCUGAAGGGCGACAAGGAUGAGAUCCUCAAGAGCCGGACAAGCGUUGCCUUCUUCCCCCACGGCCUUGGCCACUACCUGGGCAUGGACACCCACGAUGUCGGUGGUAACCCCAACUACGCCGAUACGGACCCCAUGUUCCGAUACCUGCGUGUCCGAGGCCAGAUUCCCGCCGGCAGUAUCGUGACUGUCGAGCCGGGCAUCUACUUCUGCAGCUUCAUCAUUGAGCCAUACCUCAAGGACCCCGUUCACUCCAAGUUUAUUGACCAAGCUGUUUUGGACAAGUACUGGGAUGUUGGCGGUGUGAGAAUCGAGGAUAACAUCCUCAUCACUAAGGACGGCAGUGAAAACCUGACGCCCACCAUCAAGGACCCCGAUCAGUUGGAGAAGAUUAUCCAGGCGAGCUAAAUGGCGCCAUGGACAACCUGAAUGUAGAAAGUUAAAUAAAGA